AUGGAUGACACCAACUGUCAAACCAUCGCUAUGUCUGUCACCACUGAUUGUGUUAAGUGUGAGAUAACUCCUCCUAAAAGAGUGGUUCACUUCAGUGAUGGUGUUGUCGAGGAAUACGAGUCUAGCGAGGAGGAGGACACGACCUCAACGGCGAAGACAUCACAAACUGAUUCCAACCAACAAUUGAUUUCCAGUUGGCCCACCAUUUCAUCUGUCAAGAGGUCUGUGCUAUGGUUUGGGACACAGAGUCUCAAAGUUUGUGAUUAUUUGGGCGAAAAUUUGGCCCAUUUUUUGGGCAUAACUUCUCCGAAAUAUGAAUCAGAAAUCGAUGAAUACAUGAGACGUAUGGCUGAACAAGAGAUGCACCGCAAGAGACAAUUGCAAGAGUUUUCCGGUUGGAGUCCAUCCGAUGCCACCAAAACUGACAUCAAUUGUGUGGACACUAAAGACAUCCCCAGAAGUAGUUUGGAUUUAGAGAAACAAAGAUAUUAAUCAAAACUGACAUCAAUUGCUGUUAUUAUAUAUUCGCAAC